CUCACGCAAAAGGAGAAAAAUGAAGGAGAGGAGAAAAGAAAAAAGAAAAACGAGUUAGGGUUAGGGCUUACCUUGCCAGAGCAGAGAGAGAGGGGAGGAGACGCUGAGAGAGAGAGAGAGGGAAGGAGACGCUGAGAGAGGGAGAAGGAGACGCUGAGAGAGAUAAGGAGACGUUGGGUCAGAGCAGGAAAUAUCAACACCUGUUCAAGAAUUGCAGGUAUGUCAGAAGAGGUGAGGAAUUGGGCUGAACUGCAGCCGGACAUGCUUUCUCUGAUUUUUCAAAAGCUCGGUGCAUUUGAAGUCCUUUUCACAGUGCAAUGUGUCUGUUCUUCGUGGAAGCGACUUUCCCACGAGCCUCAGCUGUGGCGAUGCAUAGACAUGCGGAGUCCUUGGGAUUUAUACAACGACGAGGAUGGUUUGGAGAAGAUGGCGAGGAAUGCUGUAGACAGGAGCGAGGGACAGUUGGUCGAGUUCUCUGUGGAAUACUUUGGAACUGACAAGCUCUUACAGUACGUCAUUGAACGUGUCAGCAUCUUAAGAUGCCUUCGCCUCAUACGCUGCUACAGCAUAUCGAAUGAGGGGAUCAUCGAAGUGGCUAAAAAAAUUCCCCACUUGGAGGAGCUUGACAUUUCCUAUUGUUCCUUCCCAAAGGAAGUUCUUGAAAAUGUCGGCCAGUUGUGCCCACGCCUGAAAUCUCUCCGACUGAACUGCCAAGGAUACAAACGCCCGCACAUAGAGUGCGAUGAGGAGGCACUUGCAAUUGCAGCAAACAUGCCUGAAUUACGCCAUCUCCAGCUAAUGGGCAACAAGCUAACUGACUAUGGCCUGCGGGCAAUCCUUGAUGGCUGCCCCCAUCUCGAGUCCCUCGACUUGCGCCAGUGCUACAGCGUGAAUCUGGAUGGGGGCUUGCAUAAGCGAUGUGUUGACCGGAUCAAACAUUUAAUGCUUCCCAAUGACUCCACUGUGGAUUGUGUGUUUGACGCUGAAAUUGAUGAAUAUGGAUCCGAUUAUGACGAAGGUUACCCAUCUGGAUUUUCUGAGAUAGACAUUCUGUCCGACGAUGAGUAUUAUGAAUUCUCCGAUGUCGACGUAUUUUCAGAUUUUGAGUUCUGAAAUGACUUCACGGAGUUGAUGCUGGUCUUAAAUGAUGACAUGACUUUUGGGUAUGUUUCAUCAGUAAUCAGAUUGGUCUUGAUGGUUGGCUGAUGGUUCGUGCCUGCAUAUCUCAAAGCAAGAUGUCAAUAUCACCUCAAUGGCUGCUGCUGCCUUCCACAUUAUUGCAAUCAAUUCCUUGGGUGCUUUCAUUUCACUUCUAGCCUGUGCACAGCUUGCCUAUAUCCCGUAAAAUAUAAUUGGUUGGUUUUAUGGGCUGCAAUAUUAUCAACCAUCAUUUGAUCGAUGCUCAAAAAUCAAUUCCAUUGAACAAAUGUGAUCGAUCUUUUUUGCUUUUCUUUUUUGUUGUCUAAAUUGAGUUUUUGGUAGAUUUGAAGCUUGAUAACUGUCCAACCUGCCUGUAUAUUUGUGGAACAGAUAACUGUCCAACCUGUCAUUUUUUAUUGCA